AAACACGCGAAUCGUAUUUUCUAUUUAUUAACAAAUCAUUUGGGGAAAAAUGGUUCCACAGGAGCAAAUCACUGCUAUUGGCCACGUGCUUAACAAUGCGGAUCGCCCACUAAAGGAGCGUUUCCGUGCACUUUUUACAUUAAAGAACAUUGGCGGCGCAUCAGCUAUUGAAGCCAUAAGCCAAGCUUUUAAUGACGAUUCUGCGCUUCUAAAACACGAGCUAGCGUACUGUCUGGGACAGAUGCAGGACAAAAGAGCUUUGGACAUACUAACAAAAGUGCUGGAGGACACAACACAGGAGCCGAUGGUGAGACACGAAGCUGCUGAAGCCAUGGGUGCCAUCGGGGCCCCGGAAGUUUUGCACUUGCUGGAAAAGUACAAAAAUGAUCCAGUGGUUGAAGUGGCAGAGACGUGUUCUAUUGCUCUGGACCGCGUGCGCUGGCUGCAAAGCGGUCAACAAAUUGACGACAAAAAUCCAUAUGCCUCCGUAGACCCAUCGCCCCCUGUCGAUGGUGACAAGAGUGUUGCCGAUCUAAAAACCAUAUACUUGGAUGCCAACCAGAGCCUUUUCGAUCGGUACCGCGCAAUGUUCAGCUUACGCAAUCUUCGCACAGAAGAGAGUGUUUUGGCCAUUGCUGAAGGACUAAAGGACUCGUCCGCUCUUUUCCGCCACGAAGUGGCCUUCGUGCUGGGCCAGCUGCAGGAGCCAUGCAGCAUACCGUAUCUACAAAGCAAUCUGGAGGAUCGCCUAGAGAAUGAGAUGGUGCGUCAUGAAUGUGCCGAAGCGCUGGGCGCGAUAGCAACAGAUGAUUGCAUCGAGAUACUCAAUCGCUAUGCAAAUGAUGAUAAGCGUGUCGUAAAGGAAAGCUGCGUCAUUGCUUUGGACAUGUGCGAGUACGAGAAUAGUCCCGAGUUUCAGUACGCCGAUGGGCUAACAAAGCUCGACGGUACCAAAUAAUGUCCAUAUUUGUGUAUGUACUAUAAUUGUAAAUUGGCAUUUAAUCUGUAUUAUUGUUUACACAAGAAAAUCUAAUACAUAAGUUGCAGAUAAAAGCAAAAAUGGACGUGAUUCUUUAAACGUAAUCUUAAAUGAACGAAAGCACCAAUGGACUAAUGUACUUAUAUAUAAA